AUGAACCAUUCGGUGAAAGAUUUGCUUCUCAUUCAUGUAGAUCUACCACCGACAUCUCAUAGAGCUGUCCUUUUCAUUCGUGUGUGGCCGGGUAUCCAUCCUUCCCUUAUGCCAAAGGCCGUCGUCGUACAUGCUUAUGACGAUCAGGACGGUGCGUUGUUUCAUUCCCUCAUAGACUGCGAGAUUGCUCGAGACACAGAUGCGAGCCACGCACAAUCUGCCGAAUACACGACAAGCAAUUUGGUUGUGCAGCAUUUUCAUACCAAUACAACCUUGCGUGUGCCGGGUGCCCGCCUUGAAGGCUAUAUUCAAGAAGAUCAUGAUGAUCAAGACGUUAAUACUACCAUUUCCCACUUCCGCGAAGCCCCUGCACUGUCCGAUCACGCAUUGUCCCUCUGUAAUCGGUACGCAAUCUUCAAGGCUUCUCGCGGUUCCUGCUCCGGCCGUCGUUCGCGGACUUGCAAGCCUGUAGAUCCAAAUGCAGAGCGGUCUUGUCAAAGGAUCCACUGCCGUCUGGAACGUAAGCUCCUGCUGCAGAUCCUGCAGCGGUAG